CUGUGGCUUUUGGGUUUGACACGCAGUCUCUGUGACAAAUCACUGAACAGUGUGGAGUCACUGAGCACGUAAGCAGAUCUCUAAGCUGUCCGUGGAAUGGCACACGCUGAGCAGCAGGGACCCCCGAUCCAUCAGUAUGCUGGAUGAUCGUCUAGCCCUCAUCAUGGUGUCUGCGAGAGUGCUCCUGCUGUGGGUGUUAGCUUGCCUUGCUCCACCUGCUGAAGGGGAAAAUUACAACCAUUUGGUGAUUGCCCCACAGUCUCCAAUGUUAGAGAUGGGGACUAACUUCACGGCCACAUGUAUGAUCAACAACACAACUGAAGUUACAGCGGAUGACCUCUACUGGAAACUGUCUGAGACUGUCAUACCCAGAGAACAGUACACUCUGAUCAACAGAUCAGCUCUCAGUGUCACUGUCGUCCCCACCAGUGAAAAAUCAGAAUGGCUGUAUUGCCUCUGCAAGAAAAAGUCAUCCUAUGUUAUCCUGAACACAGGCAGAUUCAUUCACGGGAUCCUUCUGACAAAAGGCUAUCGUCCAGGGAAGCCUGAGAAUCUGUCCUGUGUGGCAGUUCAGGAUAAAAAUGUCAUCUCUUCAGACAUCACCUGUAAGUGGCAUCCAGCUGGACGUCAAACCACAGCUGUCAAAACAACGUACACACUGAAUGUUAUAGUCACCUCCACUCAGACCUACAGUGUGUCAACACAAGAAAAUUGUGCCAUAGUGUCUAUGAAAAUUUACCCCAGUCAUAUGACACUGGACAUCUGGGUGGAGGCACACAAUAAACUGGGAAAAAUAGAGUCUGAGCACCUGAUAGAAGAUGCCAACUGGUUUGUGAAAACAAACCCUCCGUCAGACGUCCAUAUCCCAGAGGAGACUUUUCCCACCUCCCUUCUCAUAAAAUGGACUCCUCCUAUCGAUAAAGUAUAUGUGAGAUUAACAUAUCAAAUACGAUACUGCCGAAAUGGAUCUCAAAAUUGGACUUAUGUACCUCAUGUGGACAUUGCCAAGGACAUACAGUCGUUCAGGCUACAGAACCUUGAGCCAUACACAGUUUAUGUCAUUCAGGUGUGCUGCAAAAACGUGAGAGGCCCUCUCGAUUACUGGAGCGAGUGGAGUACCAACACUACAAAGAGAACACCAGCAGACCGACCAAAAAGCAAGCCGGAUUUAUGGAAAAUCAGUGCUGAGGGGGACGGCGUGAAUAAACGACAAGUGGUGUUCAUUUGUAAGGAUCCUGUGUCUGCCAACGGGAGGAUAAUAAGAUUCGACAUAAAGAUUGAAGACCAAAAGGAUAAAGUCAAGAACGGAAGUUGGGAGAGUGUCCUCGUCAACAGGUCCGAGGACGACAGCAGCUCUAGCCAGCGGAAGAUCACUUCCCUUAAACAGGCUGAUCUGGCUGACAAGGAAUCUGUCAAAGUGUCCGUCAUCGCCGUCAAUUCUUUAGGGGAAUCUCCUGCCGCAUCGUUAAUCAUCCCUCAGAAAGGACACGAGCUCGCCCCAGUGAAAGAUCUGAAGGUUUGGUCCCGUGGGGGCCAGCUGUGGCUAGAAUGGAAACCCCCCAGGAGUGAAGCUGUGUCAGAGUAUGUGGUGGAGUGGGCCACUGGUGAUCAGAUAGACUGGCAGAGGGAAAACAGAACCACCAGACAAACUGCCAUUAAAGGCAACCUGGAGAAGUUUGUUUGCUACAAAGUCUCUGUGUAUCCAAUAUACUCUGGGUUGACUGGGAAGUCGGAGACUAAAGAAGCCUUUCUGGAGGAAGGAGUUCCGUUGGAGGGCCCCACUUUUAGACUGAGCGGUACACCAGGACGUAACGAGGCAGAGCUGGUGUGGGAGGAGAUUCCCCAAAGCAGGCGACAGGGCUUCAUCACCCACUACACCAUAUACUACACAGAUGGGACUAAAGUACAUGAUGUAACAGUGCCAGCUAACACCACCUCAUACACUCUGAGGUUACUGUCAGGGGACACCAAGUACGACACUUGGAUCAGUGCUUCAACCAUCCGAGGCUCAGCCAAAAGCUCCAAUCACACAUUCACCACUGCGAAAUAUGCACCAGGAGAGAUCGAGGCCAUCGUGGUAGGAGUGAGCCUGGGCUUUCUGUUCGUCGUUCUUAUGACCAUGCUGAUCUGCAUCUACAAAAAAGAUGUGAUCAAGGAGAACUUUUGGCCUCAGAUUCCAAACCCCGGAGAGAGCACCAUUGGAAACUGGUCUCCUGAUUAUCCUUUAAAAGCAGAGACGCCAAAGGAGCACUGUGUGUCCGGCAUCAGCGUACUUGAUGUGGAGGCAUGUGAUGGAAAGUGUGUGUUUGAGGAGGACAAGGCCAGUCUGCCUCUGAAGAAGGACAAGUAUCUGUCUGAGGAGCACAGCAGUGGCAUCGGCGGCUCUUCCUGCAUGUCCUCGCCUCGCCAGAGUGUGUCUGAUAGCGAUGACGGCGGCGACAUGGAUGACACCACAGCCAACACCAUUGUGUACUCCUCGGUGGUGGCCUCUAAUGGUUACAAAGGUCAGACCCCGAGCUCCCAAGCCCAGCAGGCCUUUUUUUCGCGGUCCGAGUCCACGCAGCCCCUGCUGGACUCUGAGGAGAACCCAGACAUGUUGGUGCAGGAGGGCAGCAGACAGUCCCAGCGAUUCACACGCACUUCAGGAAUGGACGGCCCUGACCUUGGUGACUUCAACCAGCUGGGGAGGGAGCGGCAGGAGGCGCUGGUGCCUCUGGACUUUUGUUCCCUGGAAGAGGACUCCGAGCAGACGACACCUACAGACGCAGAGUCAGCUGACCGGCUGUCGGCAGCACCAAUCUCCAGCUACAUGCCUCAGCUGGGUGGCUACAGGCCACAGUGAGAACACAGACAGAUCUAGAUGUGUCAUCUUCAGUGCCUUUGCUAGUGUCAUAUGUUAAUUUCAUUGAAGCAGUGAAGACUGUGUCAGUAUGUAUUUUACACUUAACCAAGUAUAAAUGUUACUGGGUGCUUUGGGAAAGUGACCUGUAAAGUACAAUGUGAAUUAGAGCUUGUAGCUGUAGUUUGCUAGCUUUGCACUCACAUGGAAAAAUGACAGCCAUAUCUUUAUAGUAAAAUUAUGCCCAAAACAUACACAACACAUGAAUGUGGAUGCUUUGAGCUACACAGUUAACGUUGCAUUUCAAAAUGUGUCCUGAAAUUCUAAACAUGACAGGAGUGUGGGACACAGUUUCAGGAGGGAAGGGCUCCACAGCAGGCAGCUUUCAGGAUGAAAGAUACUUUGUGUUUCCGUUUGAGCAGUCUGUCUGACGCUGUAGCGCGCUCUUGUGGAGGACGCGCUGCUCUGCAGAGAUGUUGGUUUGUUACCUGGUCAUUGGCAUUUAACGUUCAUAUAGUAUGUUAUCGGCUUAUGUAUAUACACUGCAAUGAAUGUAAUCAAGUCCCACACGUUCACACUGACAUAUACAUGUUGCCAGUGCAUGUUCAAUAAAAACUUUACCUGCCUUUUGAAAAUGGGGGGAAAAAAUGGAAA